AUGUUCAAGCUUGAUGGUCCAGCAAAACCUGGAGCCAAAGUCGGAAUUAUAUCCACCAAAAACAUUGGAUCAGCAUCUGAUUUAUCAACUUUAAGAAAAUUUUUGGUUGGUGAUGUAGUUGCUUUCACAGAAGCAAGAGUUACAAAUGGUAAAAAUGAAUCAUUGUCCACUUUAAAAAAAUUAUCAAAUCUUGAUAUUGCAGGUGAUAAUAGAGCUUUAUUAAUCAUUAAUGACUCCACAAAUGUUAAACCAAUAAUAGAUUUCAAUAUUUAUGAAUCUAAAAUUUUGAAAUCAAGACAUGGUCCAAUAGAUUCAUUUCUUCAAAAAACUGGAAGUGAUAAAGUAGCAGCCAACACUAAUCAAAAACCAAUUGGUAAUACAUUCACUGAACCACAACAAUUAUUAGAAAUACCACCACAAUUAUCAGAAGUAUCACAACAAUUAUUAGAACCACAAGCAAAAGAAGUAAAUCCUCAACAACAAUUAUCAAAUAUAAAAAGUAGAACUCCAUUAAGAUCAAUAAAUGUAAACACAAAAGGUAAUCGAGUUACCAAGCGUAAUGUAAAAAAGGUCCAAAAAGGCCCACUUGACUAUUACUUCCAAAAUGUCAAUAGCAAAAAUCAAUUGAAAAAUUUUAAUAGUAACAUCUCAGUUAAGACUCCUCAACAACAACCAUCAAAUUUGGAACAUCAACAACAACAAUUAAAUUUAGAACAUCAACAACAACAAAUAAAUUUAGAACAUCAACAACAACAAAUAAAUUUAGAACAUCAACAACAACAAAUAAAUUUAGUACAUCAACAACAACCCUUAAAUUUAGAACCUCAACAACAACAAUUAAAUUUAGAACAUCAACAACAAUUAUCAAGUUAUUCUGAACAUCAACAACAACCAUCUUUAUAUGCAGCCCCAUUAGAACAACCAAAAAUUUCAUUGGGCGUUAUUGAUUCCUCCUUAGUUUUAUCUUCUGCAUAUCCUACUGUUCCAUUAAUUAGCAAUGAUCCAACAGUAAAUUCAGCAUCAACCUUACCCAUCUUAAAACUAAGACCUAAAAGGAUUUGGAGAAAAGAAGAAUUAUUAGAAGAAUUUUCCAAAAAAUAUCCUAAUGCAAUAACAGAUGAAGAUUCAUUAAAUGCAGCAUUAUCAAAAUUAUCUCCAGAUGGUAAAAUUGAAUUUCCUGCUACUCAUCCUAAUGUUGAAUUACCAGUUCCUAAUAAAUCAUUAAAAUUUGAUGCUUCUGUCAUUGAAUUUCUUUCUUCAGAUGAAGCUUAUGAAAAAGGAUAUAACAUGAUUGAUGUAACAAGAUUUAUUAGCAGAGUUCUGGUUCAAUUGCUAAAAAUUUAUGAAACGCACAUUUUGUUUAUUGUUGUUUAUGCACCAAAUAAAGAUAAAUACAACAGACAGAGUCAAGAAUUUUUUUCUGAUCUCAAAAAAUACUUACUGUUUUUCAAUUUUGAAAAAAUUCUUUUAGGGGACUUGAACAUUGUUCAAGACCCCAAUCAUUCUCAAUUAUUUAAUUAUGCAAUCACUAAUAAUGAAUCAGAAUCUAUUACUACUGUCAAACGUAUACAUGAAGAGAACAAUUUAUGUAACACAAUCAAAUCCAUCUGUUCAGAAGCAUUAGUAUUUAGUAAUCAUCAUAAAUUAAAUUGCAGAUUAAUCGAUGCUUUAGAUAUUUCAACAGAAAGAUUAUCAGGGUUAAUUGAUUUGGAGAUAAAUUUUAAGAUUAAAAAUUCAACACAUGGUAUUAUUACAGCUCAAAUUAAUUUUGGAGAAUAUGAAGUAAGAGAUGAAUUACAAAAAAUUAAAACAUUAAAUGAAGAUAAAGUUAGCAAAUUGAUCAUACCAUAUUCAAAUAACUGUGCUUGUGAGCACUUUUUUGGGAGAGAAAUUGGCUCAAUUUCAGAUGAAAUAAGAGGAUCAGGUUUACCAAUUGCAGAGGAAAUACCUCAAAAUAUUUUGAACAUGGAAAGUGUUCCAUAUCGUUUUGACUUAUGUAAACGUUCAAAUCAAUAUUAUGCAAUAUACAAAGUUGGAAUUUUGAACGGUAUUGCCACCUUAGAUAUUCUUCCUAACGUGGAUUAUGAUGAAUUUAUGGAAAUAAUAAAAAUUGUCGAAAGUAAUGAAUUCAAAGCUUUGACAAUAACAACAAUUAAUGCUGGUUAUAAUAGUGGUAAAGCCGAAUGUUUAAAAUUGUCUCCAAAAUGA